GUGGUGAGUGGGAAGGAGAGUGACAGCAAGAAGAGUGAGGACAUGCUCAGCCAGCUCAGGUCGAGAUCUGAACACAUGCAAAACCUCUCUCUGACUGAGUUCAUCAAACGUUUUCCUCUGGUCCUGCUGAGGAACCUGCGUCAUCCUGUCUACCUGCUGGUGGUCUUGGCUCAGGUCAACAUCUCUGCCAUGGUUGCUGGUUUAGCAACAUUCAUGGGGAAGUUCCUGGAAAGACAGUUCUCUCUCACAGCAUCCUUGGCCAACAUGAUCAUUGGUGCUGUGAACAUCCCUGGGGCCAUGGUCGGGAUCGUCGUGGGUGGAGCCAUCCUGAAGCGGUUCCAGAUGUCCUUGAGGCAAUGCAGUGCCAUGUGUGUCCUCGGCCUGUUCCUCUGCCUACUUGUGGCUUUUCCCCUCCUCUUCCUUGGCUGCCCCACACAGAAGGUCGCAGGUGUUACCUACAGUGACAGCUUUGGAUUUGGUCCCCAUGACCUGGAGUGUAACUUGGAGUGUAAGUGCCUGGAGAAGGCCUAUAACCCCAUCUGCGGCUCCAACGCCAUCGAGUACAUCUCACCCUGUUCCGCUGGCUGCAAGGUCGUGAAUAUCCAUGAGGACAACAAGUCAGUCUUGAGCUAUACCAACUGCAGCUGCAUCUCUGAAAAUGGAUUUGCCAAGCCUGGGACCUGCAGCACUGGCUGCUCCCACCUCUUCCUGCCCUUUGUGAUCCUGUCCUGUCUGGCUGGGAUCCUUGCCAGCACAUCCCACACACCGUCCUUCAUGCUCAUCCUCAGGAGCAUCCAGCCUGAAGACAAAUCGUUUGCUGUUGGGAUACAGUUCAUGCUGCUGAGAGUUUUAGCGUGGAUGCCAGGGCCUGUUCUGUAUGGCAGCGCCAUCGACACCACCUGCAUCCUGUGGGAGAAGAGGUGUGACAGGAAGGCAGCCUGCAGAUACUAUGACAACACACUCUUCAGGCAAAGGUAUCUUGGUCUACAGUUUUUCUUCGAGGUGGGUGCUUUCCUGUGCUUUGUGGCUGUGUAUGUGAUUCUCAGGCGGCAGGAGAGGGAAGACAGCAAGACAGCACCAACACCAGUAGACCUAGAGAAGGAGAAACUGGCAGGAAACUCCAUAAAGGCCCCAGAAUCCAAAGUAUGA